CAAACUAAAUGUUUCUUUUAUAACCUUAAUUGUAUCUAACUCGACGAUUUUGGACACCGGUAAUGACAAAUGCAACAGCCGGUUGUCCGAGGGAAGCAGUAGGCCCGGACACAAUCCGUGUGAAAGGAGUCCGUCGGUUUAGUGGUCCGGGUGGCCUUUGCGGGAAGGUCGAUGGCAGCUCCGGGGACCAGCGAGGCGGCCGCUCCCGCUCGCCGGUUGUUUCGUGACUGCUGGGGCUGCCGGGUGGUGUGCGGGGGCGGCCUGCUGGCUGCCAGCGGCUACGUUUACGCCUCGGCCCGCGGGGUGAUGAAGAAGGGAGGACCGACCCGGAUGGGCACCGUGGGCCAGAUCGUCUUCGCCCUGAGCUUGCUAUCCUUGGGUCUGGUCAUCAUGGUCGAUCCUGUUGACAAGUCUCACCCGAAGUACAGAGGAGCACCGGGCCUACAAAGCAAACCAGGAGAGCCGUCCAGCAGACCUUGACUGACCUUGCUUCAGCACAAAAGGGAAAGUUUGGUGACUUCUGUGAAAAAUUUCUCUUUGGGGGGGGGAAGAGUGAAAAAAAAAGAACUUUCACACAGUGGAAGGAAUUAUUUCUAAAGACUUGAGGUGCCCAGAUGGGGCGGGUUGGGGUGACAUGGGGGAAGUACAUCGUGUCAUUGUGUGCGCUUGUGUUAAUCAACGUUUCUGUACACGUUCGGUAUUGGAAAUAUGCCAUGGAGUUUGCUCAUCAAAUAAAUUAAACAUCUUACUGGAAA